GUCAGUCGCAGUUUCCCUACUUUACUCGCACGGUCCAGGCGGGUAGCUAUGUGACAGAGUGGCCGCUGUUUUAUCCUGGACUCCCCGCGACUCCACCGUCCUCUCAGGAUGGACCAAAGGAGAACUGAACACGGCCGCAAGACCGGUCCGGUAUCGCUUUACGGGGAAUUCACGUUGACCGGUAACCGAAAAGUCAGGUGUGCGGUGAGCCUGACCGAGAAGGACUUCAUCGUCCAGAGACUCAGCUCGGCUCCUGUCGGGAGGAGUAAGGUGGUGCUCAGCCUGAAGGACUGCAUCGGUUGCCGGGCGUACCGGGAGGAUGACACCGCGGACCCCGCAGCGUACCUGACGGUUUACUUCUACCCGCUCAAACGGCGCUGGAUGAGUUCCGGGGUCUCGCGGCAGAGAGCGGAGCAGUGCUUUCGUCUCGCGGGGCUCCAGGACCCUCGCACUAACCUGGAGGAGGCGGAGAAGUGGGCUCGCGCUGUCCGAGAGCGUUCUACACGGCAACAGUAUCUAAGAGACGGGGUGAUGAUGAGCGCGUUGUCCCGUCCCAGCCGGAUGAUGCUGCUGGUGAACCCACAGAGCGGGAAGGGUCAGGCGCUCACGCUCUACAACAACCACAUCCAGCGCAUGCUCAACGAGGCGGGGGUCACACACACUCUGGUCAUCACCGAGCGGCAGAACCACGCCCGAGAGCUGGUGAAGGACGCCGACCUGUCGCAGUGGGACGCUGUAGUCAUCAUGUCGGGGGACGGACUUCUGUUUGAGGUGAUAAACGGUCUGCUGGAGAGACCAGACUGGGAGGAGGCCAUCAGGACGCCGCUGGGGAUCCUUCCUGGGGGGUCGGGCAACGCCUUGGCUGCAUCCAUAAAUCACUACUCUGGAGCCCCCCCGGUGUUCAGCGAGGAGCUCCUGCUCAGCUGUGGUUUCCUGCUGUGUCAGCGCCUCGUCACCCGCAUGGACCUCGUCUCCAUCCACCUCUCCUCCAGCCCCCGCCUCUUCUCCUUCCUCUCGCUGGCCUGGGGCUUCGUGGCGGACGUGGACAUCGAGAGCGAGAAGUACCGCCACGCCGGCGCCGCUCGCUUCACCGUCGGCACGCUGGUGCGUCUGGCGUCUCUACGCGUCUACAAGGGCAGGCUGGCCUACCUGCCGGCCGCCAAGGACAACAGGGAGGAGAACCCCCCCCUGCCGCACUGCAACCACCAGGCCCCCCUGUCCAGAGACCCGCCCUGCCAGAACUCCUUCCACAACUCCUGCCACUCCAACAACUCCCUGAAGGUGAGGAGGGCCGAGAGCACGCCUUCUCGCAGCGCCACCAAAGCCCCCACCGGCCCCCCUGACUCCCUGCUGCUGCCCCUGGACCAGCCGCUGCCCGGCGACUGGGUGGUGGUAAAGGAGGAAGAUUUUGUCCUGGUUCUGGCCAUGCACCAGUCCAACCUGGCCGAGGACCUCCUGGCAGCGCCGGACUCCACCCCGGACGACGGCUUCAUCCACCUUUUCUACGUAACGGGGGGGAUAUCCCGUGCCGCGCUGCUGAAGCUCUUCCUGGCUAUGGAGAAGGGGACACAUCUGGCCUCCAACUGUCAACAUAUGGUGCACGCCAAGGUGCGGGCCUUCAGGCUGGAGCCGUCUUCCCCCAAAGGGGUGAUAACGGUGGAUGGAGAGGUGGUGGAGUACGGGCCGCUGCAGGCCGAGGUGCACAGGGGGCUGGCCAGAUUAAUCACUGGAUAAAAAAACGUUUGAGCUCUUGAGCGUUUUUCAUCCAGAAAUAUCCAGGUACGGGAGCAAAGCAAUGUAGGACGCGUCCACUGUUAUCCGCAACGUUAUCUAACUCAUCGGUACAAAGAAGAGGCUUGAACUGACUCUUUAAUUCGCCUGUUUGUUAUGUUUGGUGCUGAUUUAUCCCGUUCAUGUGAAUAACUGGCUUCCUAUCACUUGACUGGCAGUAACUUGAGUUGAAGUUGGGCUACAAAGAAAGUACAUUACACUGAGGACUCAGAGAGAAAUGACCUCCUGGAGCUGAUUUGUAAUCUCCUGGGCAGGUGAUUGAUGUUAUAGUGCCUCUGUGUGCUCCUACGCUGCAUCCUCCAUCCAUAGGCUGUCCGUACGGUAGAUUUAUUCACGAGCAUCACCAAGGUGUCCUUACCAUUGUAAGUCACAUAGAGGAAACAAUGCCUGAGACUUCGGCCUACCCAGGCAGCAAAGUCAGAUUUUAAAAUGUGUUUUUAAAUGUGAUCCAAAUCUCUUCAGAGGUUUGGAUCAUUAAUUUGACAAAAAUCUGACGUGAACACAAAGAAAAUCAGUUUAAAUCAAAGUGAAAUUAACUCUGAGUGGCCUUAAACAGGGAGGGGGGAAGCUGGUGAAAACAGCAUUAUGGUGAGUGUUGCAAGAAAAUGGAGAGGGAAUAGAGGAGAGGAGAGGGGGAGAUAUCGACUUGUUAAAUGCUGCAUGAGGCAGACGAGUUGUGUUCCUGACACGGCGCCGUAAUUCUUCCUCCUCACCACAACCAAUCAUUUGGGAGCAUUAGCAAAGUGUCCUGACUCAGAGAAAGAGAGGAGCAGUGACAGGCACUGUGAAUUAGGAGGUAAGGGGAGGAGGGAUAUCAACAUAAACACCUUCUGACCACAGCUUGUUAUUUCAGUUAUACAUCAUAUGUUUUUUUUAUCCGCAUGCCACAUGUAUGUUUGACACUGUAAAGAAUUGACUCGUUAAAGACCAAAAAUGUUUUAUUUAAAAUGAUUAUUAUUUUAUAUGAUUUUGCACAACGUUACUUUGGUGCCAACACCGCUUUGAAGCCUUUAUGGGACAUGGACGUCCAUUUUGAGUUAUUCUGUCUAAAUUAUGUUUACUCGUGAAAGAAUUCAGCCGACGAGCUAGAAGCACAUGCGAUGGAAACCGUACUUGAAGACCCGCUUUCCCACUUUGCUUUUGCUGUCAUUUUAUGGGAAAAUAAGGUCUGGUUAAUGACUGUUUAAAGUGGAGUUAGUGUUGAUCCAUCACAAACUUUUAUUUACACGUGACCCCCCACAAUGAAGGAAGUGUAGGUUCAACCAAAGAGAGAAAAGAGAGGCCUUAAGAUGUAACAUUAUCCUAAAUAAAUAAUAAAUAAUCCUUAUUAAUAAGAAAUAAUUGGGUUGAACAACUUUGUGUGGGAAACAUAAUAUUUUUUCCCAUUUUGGUUGGGAUCCACAGAUGUAAUAAACAAAUAUAUGAUGUUAUUUUUAUUUUUUUACCACAGAGUGCUACUGACCCCAUACAUUUGUUAUUUUCUAUGCAAAGUGUCUUGUGAUGCAGUGUUCCUCUCAUCUGUCUGCCGUGCCUUGAUGUGCUGCCUCCUGCUGGUCUGAACUUGGUGGUGCAUCCUUUAGGAAAUCCACUCAAUUUCUAAUCAUCAUAAAAAGAAAAUCUGAUUGGAAAAGUUUCGAGUAAAACAUUUGCACACAUAUCUGUAAAAAGUGUAAUUUUGGCAAAUAUUGACUUAAAAACUGUUACUACUUUGGUGACACCUUUUCCUCACGAGGAAGAAAUUGGAGCGACAGCCUGAAUCCAGUUUCUCCCUGUAGGUCAGAACAUAUAAACGAGUUGAAUCAGACGGAUAAAGUUUCAGAUGAUGAAGGACCUGAUGUUCAGUUUGUAAAAGAGAGAAAUAUUAACUCAUUCCGUCUGACUGAUGAUUUGCUCUUAUAGUCUUUGCCUGCUGCGUAUUAACUGUUGUCUUUAGAUGUUUAUGGUGAAGGGAGGAACUCCUUUUUAUUUUUUUCUGGCACACUGAAGAUUGAAAUGAUUGAUUCUUUAUUCUUGAGAGAUCUAUUUUUCCAUUUGACAAAUGUCUGUAUUUUUUUCUAUUAUAAAAUCAAACAUUCUGCAGGAGUGUUUCUGAUUGGAAAAAUGAA